AUGAAGCUACCCACCCCCCAACCGCUCCAACAGGUACACGUCUCCCUCAAUACAGGAGACUAUGAGCCUGUAGCAACUUACGACUCCAAGAAGGCAACAUAUCUUCAAGACCAGGAGGCCAUUCAAGAAAGCCUCACGCGAUUAUGCUCUGCCAACUCGUGGCAUAAAAGCUCCCGAGCGGCGUGUUCCCCCCGACCGGUUCUCGUCAGUGCAGAACAUCAACGACAAUGGAGAGAGCUUCAUGAAGCUCUGGUCCUUGCCAUAACCGAUAUUGUUGAACGAUGGUGGGCGGACCCCGCCGCACGGUUUGCAGAGCGUAUGCCUUUGGAGCCGGAAGAAGAAGAACUACUUCGUUGGAUUGACAGUCAGGUUCCUGACAGCCUUCCUCCUUACCGGGAAUGUCGAGGUUCAUGGAGGCCAGAUUUCCUAGUAGAGGAAGACAGCAGCGGAGAGAGCCCUGUGCCUGUGGAAAACUUCCGCAUCAGUGAGAUCAACGCACGGUUUUCAUUCAAUGGGCUUAUGUAUGCGGCCUCUGGACAACAGGCAUUUCAUGAAAUGGGUAUCUGUGGUGGAAGGAAUGGCCUGGUAGGCGGUACUGAUCCUGCAAAUAUGAUCGACGGCCUUUUUAAUCUCUUUCAGCCGAGUCUUCCGCUGCACCUGCUCAAAGGUGCGGAGGCGGGUAUCGAUAUCCACAUGGUAGUAGACUUUCUCCAGCGUCAUUUAGGUAUCACCCCUCGAUUCAUUACGCCCGCCGAUCUGAGGCUACUGCCGGAUCCUGAGUCAAAGGGUGGCUACAAGCUCUGUUGUGUGGCUGAACGCCCGGAAAGCGUGAACACCACAGCCCCACCUUCUCCGUUAAUUUAUCAUGGCGGAGAGAUCUUGGAAGAAAUUCAGCAGGUCGGUCUCGAGCUCCACCAGCGAGAGUUUCAUGCCUUACAGCCAGAAAUGCUGCGCCAAAUCAGUCUCAGAUGCUUUAACGAUAUGCGUACCAUUCUCCUUGUUCAUGAUAAGAGAAUGCUCGGUAUUGUCAAGCAGGAGCUUGAUUCUCUAGUGGCAAGGAACAUUCUCUCGCCCGCACAGGCGAAAACCCUCGACAGGGGCAUCCCGGACACAAUCCUUCCGGGUUCACUGGAACUUCACCAGCUGAUCGGGCAUUCCAAGGAGCUGCCGGAGCUAAAGAACGAGUAUCUCCUGAAACCUAUCCGCAGUGGGAAAGGUGAUGGAAUUGUAUUUGGGGAAGACUUGAGUUCGACUGAAUGGGUUGCAAGACUACAGCAAUUGAGGGCCUCCCAAUUGUCUGCUGGUGGUGGCACCUGUAUUAUUCAACGCAAAGUCAAUCAGAUACUUUACGACGUGGUAUUGCGACCAACAGGUGCGAAAACUAGCCACAUUACAGAGGUUUCCAACUCUCUCCGGAAAAGUGGCAUCCUCAAAGUCAGCCUACAGUUCAAAGAUGACAACAGCCACUAUCUCAAAAAUCUCAUCCUCGGUCUCCACAAAUACCAUGGACAUGGACUACCCAUUACCCAUAGCGCAUCACGCGGUUGGUUCUGGGAUAUUCGCCCGAAUAGCACGACCUUCCAAACCCCCACACAUCAAGCUCGAUCUGAGACGAUGCAGGAGUUCCCUUGGCAUACCGACUGCAGCUAUGAGGAGGCACCGCCGAGGUACUUUGCGUUACAGGUACUGCGGGAAGACCGCUGUGGUGGCGGUACACUCUCUGUCAUGAACGUGGGGAAGCUCAGCUCGUUGCUUUCUCCGACUACCUGCGCCGCACUGCUGCGGCCCGAGUUUCGCAUUGAUGUGCCUCCAGAGUUUGUGAAAAGUGACGCCAAGAGGCAGAUUAUUGGUAGCUUACUAGCGUCUGACGUGAGUGGGGUUCCCAGUAUGGUUCGCUUUCGCGAAGAUAUAGUGACCCCUUUGAGUAUCGGGGCUGCUGCUGCGCUAGCGGAGUUAAAAAGCUGCUUGCUGGGUCUAGAAGUACAAUCCGAGACGCUCCAUCUCACUCCGGCAUGUUUACCUCAGGGUUCGGUGGUGCUCAUGGAUAACUGCCGAUGGCUUCAUGCCCGGAACGAAGUUAGGGACCCUGCGCGCCAUUUACGUAGGGUCCGUUGGGAUCCGAGAGCUUUUUCUUCAAUUUGUAUUUAG